AUGCCUUGCGGGGAUGCGAAUGAUCCAAAUGCGAGAAUCAUCACUUCCGUCCCUUUUACUUCUCAUUGGGCUUCAAAUUCCGUUGUCGAAGCUCUUCAAGGAGGUGUUUUGCGCCAUGGGGUGUGCUCCGAGCCAGUGUACUCCAAUGUUUAUAGGGAGAUCAUGUGCUUUGAGAAUCUAAGCCGUUUCUUCACGUUGGAGCUAACAGUGCGAGAGUCUUUACUUUUUGAACUGUUUGACAGUUUAGCCAAGGAUCACGUGUGGCAUGAUGAUGUGUUGGAAGUCAGCGGACGGUGGGAAGGUGAUGUUGGUGAUGGUCCACUUGUUCCAUCACCUAUUGCAACGCUGACUAACUUUGUCUUCUGUUGUAGCGGACGACAUCAGCAAGAAAUUGGAGCUUGA